AUCCGGUGGCACAGAAGUACAGCACUGUUCUAGCCCUACCAGCGAUCGACGCUUGGAUAUCCUGCUUGUUGGUCGGCAAUGCAAUUUCCAGCUGAUCCGAGGGCGGUAACAUAUGUAUGUUGAGAAGAGACUUGGCUUACCAUUCUCGGGUUCCCAUCCCUGUCUCAGCUAUCCGGAUUGAGCAAUUGGGAGUUGGCAGGGCUAAAUUCAUCUCCCUACAUGUACAUAGCCGUACUGGCCGAAGAUUUGAGUGUCCAGUCCAAUCGUUGACUGAAACGCAUUGUACUGCCGUCUUGGAGUUUCGUAAUACAUUUUGCAGACAAGUAAGGAAGAAGCAACGGGCGUUAGCGCGACAACAUCAAGCCCACCUGAAGCUGCUGAACCUUAUUUUCCAUAUGAAACUGAUGAGCAGUGAUUUUUUGACCACUUUCACACACCAAUGCAUGCGGCAGAAGCCCAGGCUCUUCAGAACGAAGAAUAAUUAAUAAGCGUUAAUCUAGUUGGUCAUGAACUCCGUACACCUGCCAUUUUCCUCGGCGUCGCGAGCAUCGAUAUGCCAUACUGCGUGACUACACUUGCGGGCAAUCAGAGUCGUACUUUAUUUACAGUCCUACACCAUGGU